AUGAAGUUCUCUCUCGCCGUCGUCGCUUCCCUCUUCGCCGCCGCCCAAGCGGCUAGUAUACCCCCUGUCAACGAGACUCUGACCAACACCGACCCCUGCCCCCGCCCGCACACCGAGGUUUACUUCUUCCGCGCCUUCAACCCCUCGCGCGUGGACCACUUCUACACGACCUCCGUCCAAGAGCUGACCUCCGCCACCCACGUCAGCGGGUACGCCAGCGAAGGCAUCCAGGGCUUCAUCUUCCCCUCCCCGGAGGCCUCGACGGUCCCCCUCUACCGCCUCUUCCACCCCGCCCGCACCGACCAUUUCUACACCACCAACGAGGCGGAGGCGAUCAGUGCCACAGGUUUGGGGUGGAACAGGCAGGGAAUUGCGGGGUAUGUGCUUGAUAGGCCGAUUUGUGGGAGUGCGCCGCUGUUCAGGCUGUACAACGCCGGGAAUGUGGAUCACUUUUAUACGACCAGCGCUGCGGAGAGGGACAACUUCUUGCGAUCUAGGCUAUACGUCGACGAAGGUAUUGCUGCGUUUAUAUAUGUGUGA